AUGAAAAUGUCACAUAUAUUUAAACCAAUGAUUUGGCGUUGGGAAGCUGAAAGACAAGCUAAAAUAACUGUUAAUCCGAAUACGUCAACAAAGAAUAUUACAGUAAAAGUUGUUGCCAGAGAUUCGGAUUAUGAAAAUAUUAAAAAGGAAUUCAAAUCAUUUGUGCGAUGGUUAGGAUAUUGCGCUGUUAUGCGACGAGUUCCUCCACGAGUUUUCCGUCCUCAAGUACGUGCACAAUAUCAUGAUAUUGAAGAACGAAUUUCUCAUAUUACCGAUACUAAACGAACAUCUAUCGACUUAUACAAAAGUGUGAAAGGACCAAAUGCAACUCGUGAAACACGAAUGGAAGUUGUUGCUUGGAUAGCUGUUUGUAAAUUUUCGUGUAAAGUUGAAGGUGGUUUUAUACGGGAUUGGGUUGUUGGUGUUUACACAUCGAGACCAGCUGAUUCUUCACUAAAACCAAAAGAGUAA